AUGACAUUAUUAAAAACAAUCUCUAAUCUUGGUACCAAUAAUUCUUUGAAGGCCCAAUCAAAUAUACAAAUGCAACCAAAUGAGCUUUUAUUAAAUAAUAAAAACUCCUUUGGCCAGAAUGAAACAAAGAAUUUUGAUGUAAAUGGAUUUUUAGCUACUAUGGGCCAAGCUAUUGAGAUUGCCAGUUUUGCUGCACGUUUUUUUCUUUAG